AUGGCAACCAACGGCUCCAGGUCAGCAUACAACCUCACGAGGCAUGCCGCAAGGCAUUGCCAGUCGGCGGCAAACCCCCGAGUCGCCUCCCCUAUCCAAUGCCUUUCCCGAAGUUUUGCGACGACCAGCUCCCGAUCGGCGGCCGAGAGCAAGAUUGACCAAUUGUCACGGAAAACCGAAGAGGCGGAUCGGCCUGACGAGGUCAGGCAGCGCCCGAGAUGGUCGUACACUCCCGAGGCGAUGAAGGCGCCGUUCUCCCCUCACAUUACCAAGAACCCGGCGCGCAGUGUUUGGAAGGUCAACGAUGAUCCCAAGAAGCUGGAUCAGAUGUAUGUGAAGCUUUUGGGCCGAGACGGAGACAAGAUGCUGCCGGAUGAGGCCAAGUGGUUGGCGGUCACGCACAAGAGCUUUGACCAGGGUCGUCGGGGGUUCAACGAUAAACUGGCGUAUUUGGGGAGACAAGCGGUUAUCCUCGAGUCCACGAGCAGCAUAGUGACAUCGUCGCCUUCAAAGAAGGGUGCGAUUGUACCGGAAACGAAGUAUAACCGCAAACACUUUGAGCACCCUGCUCUCACGAGCAUUGACAACCUCAACGUCAAGCUUCCCCAAAAGGUUGUUACGAAAGAAAAGAUCGAGGCGCUGGCGCUCGCUGCCGGUCUCGACAAGGUUCUGCGAUGGAAGCCGGCAAAGCCCGAAAACCUUUCUGGCUCGGGCCAGCAAAUUGUGCUCAAUUCGGCAGUCUUUGCUAUUGUAGGGGCCAUCACCCUGCAGCACGGCGCUGAUGUAGCAGGUAGAGUUAUCAGGGACAGAAUAUUGAGGCCGCUCUCGCAUAGGCAAUAA